UGUCAGUAUACGUGGCUAGACUUGCUUCAGCUUGCUGUACAACUUCGACAGGGAAACAUGCUGCCUCUUCUGAUCUUAGCUGUACUCGGACUGGUCGGCGCUGCGCCGAUGCCUGAUGACAUUGAGUAUCCACAAUGUGGGAUUGGUAACGGUAUGUGUAUGCACCGUUCCGACUGUGGUGACUCUACUGUCAAGACGUUCUGUGGAAAUGGUUUGGUCUGCUGCAUUCUUUCUAAAUCUAGUGGGUUAGGACCUCAGGAGCUCGACUUUAUCAACAGAGAUCCGAACAACAUCAACGAGAUCGAUGGCGAUGCCAACUUGGAUGAUGCACUAGCAGAACCGGAAGGUACACACAAGAAAUAAAAGAACCUUCCUCUCCCGGGCGCCCGCUCCAAAAUAAUUAAAAAUUUUAUUUAUCUAUUUAUUUGCAUCAGGCCCAUGGCCCAUAUCAACAAACACAGUACAUACAAUUAAAAACAAAUCUAAAACUAUCUGGAGAAGACUUAGUCCACAUAAUGCCGCCAGAACAUACUGUGGCGGAAGGCAUCGGAAUGCACAAGGAGAUGGAUAAUCUCAUUGUCUGACGACAACAGACAGGAAACGAAUGAGUGGGUAACCUUACGGCGUUUAGCGUCAAACGUGUCUGUCCAGUUCAUAGCAAACAGAUAACUUGUACUUGCAUACCUGCCAGCACAAUAUAUAAAAAGUCUAAUAUGCACUAGAUAUAAAAAGUCUAAUGAACGCACCUCCUGGAUCAAAAAUUACCCCGGAAAAUCUAUGACUAUCUUACAAACUAUCCUUUUUGUUAUCUUUAUUCGUGAAUAACCUUCCUAAACCAGAUUGCAUAUACGCAAACAUAGUAAAGAAAAGGGAUAAGUUUAUCAGACUGUAGUUUCUGUUGUAACUGUUUUACUUUACUUUUUGACACACGUGGAAUUCCUACCAUUAUAUGUUACUGGUUAAGGAUUUUGUCUUGGCUAAGUGCCAGAUUAAGAAACUCUAAACUAAUUACUAC